AAUUAAAUGAGGGUAGAUUAGUAUUUUAACCAAAUAUUUAUUGUGUUCUUAAACUUUGUGCUUGGAAUGAAGGGAGUACUAUUUUUCUUAGCCCAUUUCUCGCUCAAAGUCAAACGUUGCUGAUGCACUACUGAAAUUUUCAGCAAUUAAAAAUAUUGCAAGUAAUUUUUUAAUUCUAAAGAAUAAAGAUUCAUGUUUAAAUUUAUCAGAAAGUAAACUUAGCCUCCAACAUUGGGUUUUCCAUAUAUGGUUUACCCCUGUUUCUUUGCAGAAACCUUUGACGAAGGAAAGAAAAAAAAAAAGCCAUGGCGGAUUUUCGGCAAACCGAGAAAGAGAGUGGAAUUGAGUUGCAGAAGAGCUACUUUGAUGUGUUGGGAAUUUGUUGUUCCUCUGAAAUCCCACUGAUUCAGAGUGUUCUGAAACCUCUCCAUGGAAUCAAAGAUAUCAAAGUCAACGUUCCCACCAAAACCGUCAUCGUCCUUCAUGAUCCCUGCCUCGUUCCUCAAUCCCUAAUCGGUGAUUCAAUUGAAAUUCAUCCCUUUUCCUCUUUUCAAUUCAUCCCUUUUAAUUUGGUGGUUUCAUAAUUUCGUUCACUGACUUUUGGGGUUUUGUGUUCUGUUCUUGACCGAUGAUGGAUGAAGUCGGAGCAUUGAAUAAGGCAAAAUUGGAAGCAAGUGUGAGAGGAGAAAGGGCAAAAAGUACCCAGAAGAGAAGGCCUAAUCCGUAUGCAAUUGCGUCGGGUUUAUUUCUGCUGCUGUCGUUUCUCAAGUAUUUCUACCUCCCACUUCAAUGGCUUGCCUUAAUAGCAGUUGGUCUGGUUAUUUUUCCUAUAGCUUUAAGAGCUUGGACUGCUGUUCGUCACCUCACCUUUGGGAAUAUCCAUAUUCUUGUUCUCAUAGCAGCUGCGGGAUCAAUUGCUCUGCAUGAUUAUUUGGAAGCUGGUGCUAUUGUCUUCUUAUUUACCAUAGCUGAAUGGUUAGAAUCGCUAGCGAGUCAUGAGGCAACUGAUGCUAUGUCAUCACUAGUCAAUUUACUGCCACAAAGAGCUGUCUUAGCUGAAACCGGUGAAGAGGUUGAUGUUAGUGAAGUCCAGGUGAAUACCGUUCUUUCCGUCAAGGAAGGUGAGAGAGUACCGGUUGAUGGAGUUGUUCUUGAAGGCAAUUGUGAAGUAGAUGAGAAAAGCUUGUCUGGAGAACCCUUUCCAGUUGCCAAACAAGAAGGCUCUGUGGUUUGGGCUGGAACCAUAAAUGUAAAUGGGUACAUUGCUAUUAGAACUACAACACUAGCUGAAGAUUCCGCACUUGCUAGAAUGACAAAGCUAGUAGAAGAGGCUCAUGGGAAAAAAUCUCUAAUCCAGAGAUAUAUAGACAAAUGUGUCAAGUACUACACACCAGUGAUUAUAUUGAUAUCAGCUUCAUUGGCAAUAUUUCCGGCUGCACUAAAAUUACGCAAUCAAAAACAGUGGUUCCACAUAGCUUUAGUUGUUCUAGUGAGUGCAUGCCCGUGCGCACUGGUCCUCUCUACUCCUAUUGCCAUGUUCUGUGCCCUUACAAAGGCCGCGAAGCAUGGUGUCUUCUUCAAAGGGGCCGAUUGUCUGGAAACCCUCGCUAAAGUAAAAAUCAUGGCUUUUGACAAAACCGGAACAGUCACCAGAGCAGAAUUUGAAGUUAUAGAAUUCAGAUCAUUAUCGGAGGAUAUCACCUUGAACACCUUGCUUUACUGGGUUUCUAGUAUUCAAAGCAAGUCAAGUCAUCCCAUUGCAGCUGCAUUAGUUGAUUAUGCUCAAUCACAAUCAGUUCAGCCAAAACCUGAUGAAGUUAAGAAAUAUCAGAACUUUCCUGGUGAAGGAAUCUAUGGUAGAAUUGGCGGUAAUGAAAUCUACAUUGGAAACUGGAAAAUCUCAGCUAGAGCAGGAUGCAAAUCAGUUCCAAAACUUGAAGGAGAUAUGUACGAAGGCAAGUCCGUGGGCUAUGUAUUCUUGGGGUCAACUCCUGUUGGAGUUUUCUGUCUUGCUGACGUUUGUCGAACUGGAGCAAAGGAAGCACUAAAAGAGCUGAAAUCUAUGGGCAUCAAAACGGUCAUGCUUACAGGAGAUUGCCAUGCUGCAGCUAAGCACACGGAGGAUCAGUUAGGAGGUGCUCUGGAAGUUGUCCAUUCAGAUCUCUUGCCGGAAGACAAGGCUACAUUUGUAAAAGGUUUCCAGAGGAUAGCUAGAACAGCCAUGAUUGGUGACGGGAUCAAUGACUCUCUCGCGUUAGCUACAGCCGAUGUUGGUAUCUCAAUGGGGAUUUCAGGUUCUGCUCUGGCUACAGAAACAGGUGAUGUGAUCCUUAUGACGAACGACAUUCAAAGGAUACCAAAAGUCGCACGCCUGGCACGAAGAGUGCGGAGGAAAAUUCUUGAAAACAUGGUUCUUUCAGUUGCAGCUAAAGGUUCAGUAAUAGCUCUGGCUGUAGCAGGUCAUCCAGUUGUUUGGGCCGCAGUCUUAGCUGAUGCCGGGACGUGCUUGUUAGUGAUCUUUAACAGCAUGAUCCUUCUAAGAGAAACUACAAAAGGUCCUAUGGAGUACUGCAAAUCUGCUGCCUCAUCGCGUGUCGAAAAGGCAUACAAUAAAUGUUCAGGACGUGAGUCAUGGCAAGGUAAGAAGCCUUGUUGCGGUGAGAUAGACCCCCUGCGCGAGCCGCUGAUAUGCUCCUUCAAAAACAGUGUUCCAGCACAGUAUUCAGGUGCAUCGGUGUCCAUCAGAGUUGGAAAUGACGAUAGAGAUUUAGAGACUGGGAAGGCGAGCUGCUGUCAAAAUGGAAAGGAAAGUGGAACAGUAAAUUGCUCCAAUUCUGGUGGAGUCUUCAAAUGUUGCAAAUCGCUCAAUAUGUCUGGUGAGAAUGUAUCACUUACGAAAGAAUGUGGAAUUUACCAAGGAUCAAACUCCAGCGAGGAGAAGGAAACCUGUUGUGGAAAUCGAAAACCAAGACAAAAGGAGAAAUGUUCCAAUCCAGGUGAUGCCAAUAAUGACUCAAACUCAAUCAACAUAUCUGGGGAUACUAUAUCACUUGGCCAAAACUGUGGAGGCAACCAAAGACCAGGCUCCAAUGAGAAGCAGGGCUGCUGCAAAAAUCGAAAACAAAAUCCUUCUGGAGAAGUGAAUUGUUCGAACUCUAUCAACAUGCCUGGAGAUGGCUGCUGUGGCAAAGAAUGUGGAAAUGCACAAAGAUCAAGCUCCUUUGAAAGGCUUGGCUGCUGUGGAAAUGGAAAAUAUAGCCAAAAGGCCAAGUGCUCCGACCCCGGAGAAUUCAAUUGCUUAGGCUCAAUCAAUGUGCCUGGUGAUGAUCUUGAAGAGAACCCUAAAAAGCUUGAUACUGUGCAGACAUAUAUUUCGAAAAAUUCAGCUCCAACAACAGGUCAGUCUGAUGGGUGUUGUGACUAUUUCAGGAAGGAAUGUUGCGUCCAAAAUGGACAUUGUUGUGGUAGCUUUGGAGAGCCAUUAUCUGAAAUAGUAAUCAUCAAGUAAUUACAGUGUCACUUACUGCAUACAAAUACUUCUUUUCCUCUCAAAAUAAGAUAAAGUUCUCAAACUUUUUUAAUAUCAGAUUGGCAUGUACCUUUUGAAUCAACAACAUUUUUGUUAUAACAUUGUCCUUUUGUUUAAUAUUAAGUUCUUUUAAUUUUAAAGAUUUGUUUAAGACAACAAAAUAUCAGAAAAAUUGGUCGAUCUACCCAAAACUUUACAUGCGAUGUCAAUUUUACCCUAU